AUGAUGGAUACGGAUCAACUAUUUAAUAAUAUAUAUAAUAUACAACCACUGCAUGUUGAUUUUAGUAAGACGACGUCAUUUUACGAUCUUUCGGAAAAUAUGAUUAAUUCUUUGUUACAACCAUCAUCAUCCGAAUUUCAAAAUGAUAGUGAUCCUAUUAACGAAUCAUUGCUAUUGAAUGACCCGUUACGUAAUGAUUAUACUUUUGAUAGCAAUGAUCAAUUUGAAGAAUUUAAAGUUGAAAAUUUAUCUUCUAUUUAUCCAAAAGAUAUUGCUAAAUUAUUUCAAUUUGAUUUAAAUCAUAUUGGAACAGUUGUACCAAAGACAGAAGAUGAAUUAAAUUAUGAUUUAUCUGAUUCAUGUUUUUCUGAUGAUUUUAAAGAUAUUUCUCUAGUAGAUAAUAAUUUUAUUUCAUCCAUACCGCAAGAAACACCACAUGAUAUAUUAGCCGAUAUGAAUGGUCAAUGUGCUAGUAAUGAUUCAUUUGGAGCAACACCAGCAGAAGAUCAAAUUAUUGAAACUACUCAAAUAAUGACUAAAGCUAUUCUUAAUACGGAUCAAACAUCAAAAAUAUCAAGCACAAAGAAAAACAGAGGUUCAACAUCGAGUCAUACAAUUCGUUAUAAAAGUUCUAAUACUGUUCAACCUGUACAAGAAUUUAAACAUAAUAAUAAUUUAAAUAUUGUUCAAUUAAAAGAAGCAGAUGUGAAAUAUCAGUUUGAUGAAAGUAUUAGUUUUUAUAAUAAUAAUAAACUUAAUCCUAAAAUUCAAAUAAUAAAUCAUCCUAGACCAUUUUAUCGUCCACGUACUGUAAAAGAAAGUAAAGAAUCAUCUCAUUAUCUUCGAUGUGAACAAGGUGAAUCGGCUGAAUAUCCAACAAUUGCAGUUUAUAAAGAAUGGAAAUCUGCUUGUGCUAAUUAUAUUCAAGUGUCAUUAAAAACGAUCAAUGGUUUACCACAUCCCUAUUAUAUUGAUAAUAAAUUACAUAGUAUAAAAUCAUCAAAUGGUGAUUAUGAAUCUAUUAUUAAAGAUAGAGAUAAUAAUUUACUUUAUUUUUUUGUGAAUACAGAAGAAUUUAAUAAUGGAUUUAAAAUAUUUCAAAUAGAAUUACAUAAACUUCUUCAAGAUGAUAAUAUAACAAAAGAAGUAAUAAAAAUAAAUCAAUUAGAAAAAUCUCAAUUAUCUUUUACACGAUAUUAUAUUGAUCAAAAUGGACAAUGGAUUCGUGAUGAACAGACAACAACAUUGAGUAAUAUAAUGACAGAAGCUUAUGGUGCAGUAGAAGUUGAUACCUAUGGUCCAAAAUGGGGAAAAUGUAAUGGUGGUGAGACAAUAUUUAUGUUAUUGAAAGGAAGAGUAUUAAAACCUGAAUUAUCAAUAAAAUUUAUGCAAGAGAAUACUGGUUGGACACAAUCGGUUACCUUUACAAAAAAUGGCAAUUGUGUCUAUUUUAAAGCGCCAGCAUAUCAUCAAUUUUGUAGUAAUACGAAAGUCGAUAUUGUUGUAACAUAUCAAAAAGAAGAAAUUGACAGAUGUUCAUACACGUACGAUCAGACUCUUGAUGUACUCUUUGCGCAAAUGAAUCUUGGAGAAGAAGAGGGUUCGGAUACAAAAUACGAUUUAUCUAAUUUGGCAAUGGUAUGUUUUACGUCAUACGUCUUCUUUUCUAUUGCAUAAAAUCAUAAAAGAUCACUAAAUGCAUCGAAUUGCAGAAAUUUUGUAGAAAUUUCGAUUUCAGACCUUAAACUUCUUAAACUCUUCCUCUGGCGUUGGCUAUAUUACUUGGUCGAAUUGCGGAAAUUUCGUAGAAACAAAUUACUAACAAAAGAUUAUUUCGCAUUUUAAAAAACAAUCAUUAGAUUGUAGUUAAACAUAGUCAAGUCGCACGUCUUACAAAAUCUUCCUUUCUAGAAUAUUUUUGUAUAAAGAACAACUAACAUUUGAUCAACACAAACAUAAAUAUUCCGAAACUCAAAAACUACGCCC